CACCCUUACUUUGGAAGUACAUGGGACACCUGGUCUCGUGGACCGAGCCGGUCCUGUGCUCCUGCCCAGCCAAAGGAGAGAGAUUACACAACGCUCUUUGAUCAGCCUGGGUCAAAACCCGAGUGGUUUGGCAGCUUUCGGUGGUUGUGCUCCGAUGGUCAUGCGAACUUCGCACUGAACCUGUUUGUUCUGGUGCUGGCGCGCAGUCAACUCAGGUGUUGCCCUGAUACAGCUUCUCCCGGUUUAACUUUAGGUCGCUAGGGUGGAUUCGGUCUCCUGGUGUCUAAAUGCAGGAGAAAAAGCUGCACGGAAAGGCAAAGGUUCUGUAACUGUCUAGCAGAAAUAGGGCACGGCACACAACAGCAGUCCCAGCUGGAGCAUGAUUUAUUGAGUUACUUGCAAUUGCAUGGCUGGCUUUAACAAACAAAAUAAGCUAAAGUAGUUAGUGACAGACUCUGUGCCGCCAGAAUUGAAUGCAUUCACUGCCACUUAUUUACAGGAAGCCAGAUGGACUUUUGCAUUGGUUUAUUGUAUGCUUACUUGACUCAGAAAACUAGAAAGGUUAUUGAUUUUUUUGUUUGUUUGUUUGCUUUCCUAGGCCAUGAACAUUUUUAUAAAUUCUGAUCAGAAUUACUUUUCACUACUUUCUUUACAUCGGGUAGCUUUAGCAAACAUUCAGGGAUACUUCUGAGAGAGCUUGAUUACAACAUUCAUCUGAAAGCCUUACAUCUCUUAGGAGCAAAAAGCCACAGUAGCUGGAAGAAUGGGAUGGGGGAUACAUGUUUGUGGUAUAGUAAAUAUGAGAAGUGUGCCAGGACACUGGCUCAUAUCCUGCAGGGCUUGAGAAGCAAGUUAGUGUAAAAACAAAGGGAUUGCAGGCUUAGCAGCUAUACAGUGAUAAUACAUUCAUUGCUCCUUUCUGCUCUCAGUCUUUCCUGGGAUUCAUCUGUAGAGAGAAGCAAUUAGCAUUACAGCCAUAGGGGACAGUGAAAUGAGCUGUGAAAUGAGAGAGCAUUCAAACAUUCAAAAUAAUUGUGAAUACUGCUUGACUGUCUUCUGUGCUCAGCUGGAAGUGUUCUUGGGCUCUGUUUAGUUUCUUGAGGUUUUGGGGAGGAGGUGUGUGCAAAGGAGAGAAGAGAGCACUAGACUAUAUUUCAGUCCCCUUGAAAAUGGUCAUUCCAGCCAUGGAAGGAAGAACUGUGUAACUCGGGUGGUUCAAGAGACAGUGGGAAGGCUGUGUCCAAGGCUAUUGUGUCCAUUGUAAAUCUUUUGGUUAGGUUGCAAACAGUGGGGUUAGUACAGCUGCUGUACUAGCGGUGUGGGGUGAACAGUUUACUUGUUGGAAUCUUGGUUUUUGAGAUACAGUUGUCAGUCUUGGAGGUGUGCACAGAGUGGAGUUCCUUUUUCUAAGACUAGAACAGGGCAUGAAGCUACAGGUACUCUGAAAGCAGCAUUUUCACAGUUGUUUGGUUGUGUGCAAGCGUUUAUUUGGAUUUCUUUUGCUAGUUCACAAUUAACAAAGUUUGAUGCCACCCUGCCAUCUUGUACCUGUGAUAGUAUGUGUCUAUUAUUGAAUUAAAUCGAUCAGGUAGGAUGACCUAUUUCUACUACAAAACUGGAAAUCAGUAUAUUUUUUUAAAAUUCUGCUUUAGAUGUAUGGUGUCCAGUAAGGGUCUUGAUACCAAGUUUCACUUCAUCUUUCUCCAUCUGCUAUUGUAGAUCCUGUAAUCCAAACACAACUAGCCGAAAAUUUUCGGUGGCCACAAUGAAGCCUUCAGUGCUGGAUAAAGCGGAGAGUUCAGCUUGCCCAGAAAGACCUCACAUGGCCCUAAUUCUCGGCCAGUCAUGUCUGAAACUCUCUGUACCGCUGCUCUGUUUUGUGGGAAGCCAGCGGCAGUCCCUGGGCAGUGCUCUCCAUGCCAGUACCCACAAGUGUAGCCUGCUGUUUGGGGUCAGCUGUUGGGCAGCAGCUGCUGAGCCCUCACAAAAACAUUUGUCUUGGACUUCUCAGCUCAGACCUCAUUCUGGCACUUGGCCUGCUUAGACCCAUUUCACCCUCUGCGGUUGUAUGAUUUCCAGGUUGAACCAAGGAUGUUAUGUCACCACUUCCCUACCGACUAAGAUGCUAAAGGAAUUACAAAGCUCAGGAAGAGGACGCUUUGUACUAGAACAUGGUGCUCCAUUCUCUGCUUUUCUGAUGGACAGCUUUGGACGGCAGCACAACUACUUGCGAAUUUCAUUGACUGAGAAAUGUAACCUCAGGUGUCAAUACUGUAUGCCUGAGGAAGGUGUUCAGCUGACUCCAAAAUCAGAGCUACUAACUGCCGAAGAGAUAAUCACCUUGGCCAGGCUGUUUGUGAAAGAAGGUGUGGAGAAGAUCCGACUGACGGGUGGAGAGCCACUUAUCCGUCCUGAUGUGGUGGAUAUUGUGGGUCAACUGUACAAGCUAGAAGGGCUGAAAACCAUUGCUGUCACAACCAAUGGGAUCAACUUAACAAGACUGCUGCCCCGGCUGAAGGAGGCAGGACUGAAUGCCAUUAACAUUAGCCUGGAUACUUUGGUGCCCGCUAAAUUUGAGUUCAUUGUCCGAAGGAAAGGCUUUCACAAGGUAAUGGAAGGAAUCCACAAAGCCACUGAACUCGGAUACCAUCCUGUUAAGGUGAACUGUGUGGUGAUGCGAGGCUUCAAUGAGGAUGAAGUGCUGGACUUUGUAGAUUUCACAAAGGAUCUGCCUCUUGACGUGAGGUUCAUAGAAUACAUGCCCUUUGAUGGCAAUAAGUGGAACUUCAAGAAGAUGGUGAGCUACAAAGAAAUGCUCGAUACAAUUAAACAGCGAUGGCCGGAAUUGGAGAAAUUACCCUGUGAGACUUCCAGCACAGCCAAGAGUUACAAGGUGCCACAUUUCCAGGGACAAAUCAGCUUUAUCACUUCCAUGUCAGAGCACUUCUGUGGAUCCUGCAAUCGGCUGAGGAUAACAGCAGAUGGGAAUCUAAAGGUGUGCCUUUUUGGGAAUUCAGAAGUGUCCUUGAGGGAUCACCUACGGUCAGGUGCCUCAGAGGAGGAGUUGAUUCAAAUCAUUGGAGCAGCAGUGGGCAGAAAAAAGAAACAUCAUGCUGGCAUGUUUAACAUUUCCCGGAUGAAAAACCGGCCAAUGGUCCUGAUUGAGCCUGCAUUGAUGUCAUUCCCACUAUGCCAAGAUGCCCUACAGAAUCCCCCAAAUUCAAAACAGUGGGGCCACACAUUUAGCCAUUGGCUGACUUUGAAAGCAAGUUUACCCAAACAAAAGGGAAAAGCAUCAAUGAAAAAUAAACUCACUGGACAACUUUUCCUGCCAAGAUCUCACCCAGAGAAACAGUGGCACAUAGCAACAGGAAUUCUGCAAACCCAGCUCCGUGGCUACUGUGUCUUCCAGAAGGACCCAAGCUCCACAUUUGAUACAAAGUGCCUUGAUGCUUCUGUUGGCCAAGUUCCUGUGAACCAUCAGUCCAAAGAGGUGUGUUCAGGAUCUGAAUUCCACACCAGGGAUUCAGGAUCUUGCACCAAGGUACUUCGAGGCUCUGACAACUUGACUCACACUGAUGAGGAAGGACGGGCUACAAUGGUUAAUGUUGGAGGGAAGUCAGAUUCCAAAAGAACUGCUGUUGCUGGUGCCGUGGUCCUCCUGGGUGAGAAAGCAUUCAGGAUGGUGAGGCAAAACCAGGUGAAGAAAGGGGAUGUACUGGCAGUUGCCCAGAUUGCAGGAAUUCAGGGAGCCAAGCUUACCAGCCAGUUAAUCCCAUUGUGUCACAACAUCCCUCUGUACCAUGUUGAGGUGUCUCUGAGCCUGGAUGAGGCCAGGCAUGCAGUGGUGAUUCGCAGCUCCUGUCACACCUGGGGGAGGACAGGUGUGGAGAUGGAGGCUCUCACAGCUGCCAGCCUGGCUGCACUGACUGUGUAUGACAUGUGCAAAGCUGUCACUCAUGACAUCGUCAUCCAAGAGCUGAAGUUGUUUAGUAAGACAGGUGGGCAGAGGGGAGACUUCUCAAGGGUCUAGAUAACAUCCAGAUACCUCCAUCCCUCCAAGUGAUCACUGGUCCUGUUCAGCCUCUUACAGAAGUCCUUUUGCUCAGCUGGUGGUCUUGGAGACCUCAGCACGUGUGUACAGCGCAGCAACCCCAUGCCUCCAGCAUUGCCUUGCUCUGUCAGCUCACUGCUGGGCGAGUGGUGGAGCCACUUAUCUGUGUUGAAAACCAUGUGUAUUUUCUAGAGGACGGACUUCUCCACUCUGCCAGUACCUCCAUCUCAUUAUCCUCAUGAUGAGAGUGAACAGGAAUCUUUUCUUAUACUUUAUACCAUAGAGGUUUUUGGUUUGUUUGGUUUUUUUUCUUUGUGCUGUGAAAUACACCUGCUGUCAUCUUACCAUGCAACUGUGAGCUCUGGAAAUGAAGCACCUGCUGAAAGUGCUGUUAUUUGGCAACUGUUUUUAAGUCAAUGAUUAAGAUGUCAGAAUUGUGUCUGCCCAUCUCUUUUCCCUGACCUCCUUAAAUGAAUAUAGAGGGUGACAGUGAGAAGAACACCACUGGGGAAUUUCACCAUACAUCAGAGAUUAUAAACAUGGAACAGUUAGUGUCAAGGGCAGCUCCCAUCCCUUUGCAUUGCUACUGCUUGCCUUCACAGAAUCAAAGAAUCCCAGAAUGGAUGGGUAAGGUUGGAAACGACACAGUGGGUCACCUGGUCCAACCUCCCUGCUCAGGCACCCAGGGCACAUGGCACAGAGUUGUGUCCAGACUGGAAUAUCUCCUGUGAGGGAGCCUCCAUAACUUCUCUCAGUAAUCUGUGCCAGUGCUGAGUCACCUGCAGAGUGAAGAAAUUCAGGUGGAACUUCCUGCGCAUCAGUUUCUGCUCACUGCCUCUUGUCCUAUUGCUCAGCACCACCAAGAAGAGCCUGGCUCUGUAUUCUUGGCAUCUCCCCCUUAGACACUGAUACACAUUGAGACAUCAGUCAUCUCUUUUGGAUGCUGAACAGGCCCAGCUCCUUCAGCCUUUCCUCAUGAGAGAGACACCUGCAAGUGGGAAGUAUCCACAUAGCAGUUUCAAAAUAAAAAAAAAAAAAAAAAAAAAAAAAGACAGCUGCCCAGUUUUCUGCCUUGUGCUCUGUAAAACAUGAUGCAGAAAGAGGAUUUCUGGGUUUGGAAGAAUUAUGUUUCUGAUCUGGAAAAUACUUUUUACAAUGUUAGAAGCAUGUUCCAGCAUUUUGACCUUAGCACCGAAAUACUUGGGUGCUCUGUUUGCACGCUUAAGGGAUUAAUUUUGCCAUGCAGGGAAGUAUUAAGCUCUCCCCGACUUUAGAAAGAGAUCUUGCACCAAGCCCUAGGAGACUCCAAAUUUUUGAUGCUGUGGUGCAGCUCCUAGUAACCAGCAACCUAUAUAGUUCUGACACAUAAAACAGACUUUAAUACUGGUGGCCACUUGGAAAAUUAAGGUAACUGGCAACUGUUGUCUCUGCCAGAGAGUUUUCCUGCAUGUUUCUCUAAUUUACAUUUUAUGAAGUCUUCUGGUCUUGAAGCACUUGAGUGUCCCCAUAAAUCUAUCAGUGGCCACAGUCACAUAGCAUUGAUUAGCUUUGGUAAUUAACUGUCCUAGAAAAGAAAUUACUCAGCAUUCUUGUUAAUAUUAAUGACUGCUUCUCAAAUAUUUAAGUGCUCUAAACAGGGUGCUACUGGCUGCUUAUGGCUCAUGUGAAGCUGCACAUGAUUCAGGGUGCUCCCUCCAUGCACACAGGGUUGAAUACAAUGCCAGUAAGGUCAAAGACAGCACCAAAACUCAUCUUAAGCUUAAGAGGUUAAAGUACUGUGAGCACACCACAAUGCCUCACAUAAAGUAAGCUCAGGUUUGAGCUGAGGAGGCAAUAGGUUUUGCUACAGGUCCUUCUGAAAUCUCAUACACCAGCUACAACACAAGACACUCUUUCCAUUGCAGGUGAAUUGAUUUGAUUCUUCAUCUGUUGUCACUGUGAGAUAAGGUACAUAGAGUGACAGACAUAGCUAUAGCUGAAAGGGAAAGAAAUCUGGCAAGUUGGGUGCCUAGAAUCCUUAAGCAUUUGUACAUCAGUGAUAUGGAUUAGGAAUGGUUCUCUUGCUCACUCCUCCUUCCCCAUGGCAGGCUGGAGAGGAGACUUGGAGGCACACUAGGUAAAGAUCAUGGGUUGAGAUCAGAACAAUUUACUGGGAACAGCAAUGAAAUAAGAAAAUUGGCAGUAACACCUUCAGUCACAGAGGGAACAGGCACUACAUGAUCGUUCCCUUACUGGAAGAGAACCCCUUCCCUGGUCCCCAUAAUACCCCCAUGCUGUUAGCCAUGCCCCCUUGGCUCCUGCAAAGGCUACCUAUGUCCUGUCCAGAAGUAGGACAAUCUACCUUCAUUGUUACAGUCUUGACUCCCUGUUAGUGCCAGGAGUGUAGCUAGCAUUGCCAUACUGACACACAACAAUCCCACCCCAUUCUGCAAAUAGAAGAGAUUGCAUUCAUCUGGGGAGCUGCUGUGCCCAUAGCAUGAAAGUAACCUUAGCACAGCAUAGAAACAAAGUACCAGGAAAAUGAAGCACACAUGUAGCCUGUUAAGUUGAACUGACUGACACAAGCACUUGCCUCCCCUCACCACCCCCAACACACCCUGCCCUCCUAGCCUGCCUCCAGGCUCUAGCUAAUUUGGAAAAUUAAGAAAAAACUUGAUGUACUCAGUCAUGAUAAAACAAUGCUUUGGGCAUGUGAUUCUUUGGCUUCUGAGAAGUUUGCUGUCAUGCUGUAAAGUUCAUACAAAGGACUCAGGGCCAUACCAAGGACUACUGAGCACACUCAUGACCACCACGCACACCUCGCUACUUAACGCACAUUUCACUACUUCCUUAGUUGAGAGUGGCUGGAAGCGCAGAGCAAACUGACUUUGGUGCCAGUUUAUGCUCAUAUUACGUUAUCAAGUCUAAACUAUGCACAUUUAUAGGUAGCGAAGCAAACACAAGUCAACAUUUUGUGAGAAAAAUGGGUUGAGUUUCUGUGGUGCUUGGUAGACCAUGGUGUAAUAUAUGUUGAUGAACGGACUACUUUUUGGAGGCUUGCUUUUUUUUUUUUGUCCACUGUAUUUUUAAUAAAUACUAGUUGCAAUA